AUGUCGCCACCUUUGGUUCUUGCUCCGGCGGCCGACUUCAUCGAGCCUCCUCGGGACAAAGCCACCUCAGCGCAGCCUUCCGCAGCCGCCAACGGGGUAGACGAGGAUGACAGCAGCAUCAAAACGGUCGACGAGCUCGUGCGGCGAAGGGCGAGAGCCACGCCUAACAAGGUCAUCAUGUCGUAUCCCUCCUCCGGUACGGAUUACGUCGACUACACGCUGCGGCAGCUCGACGUGUUUGCGUACCGUGCCGCCAUGUUCUAUAAGCAGAGCAUCCCGACACGCCAAACGUCGGAUGAGAAGCCUCAGACCGUGGCCAUCCUUGGCCCGUCGAACCUGGAGUACCUCGUUACCCUGAUGGCGCUGUCCAAGUUGGGUCACACAGUCCUCUUCCUGUCAACCAGGAUCUCGCAGGAGGCGAUCGAGAAUCUCGUGAUGCUGACGGGUGCGCGAUUCCUCGUCGCGGACGAGCGCUUCAAUGAUGUAACGAGGGACACGCGGGCGUCUAUACCGUCCCUGCAGACCAUGCGGAUGGUGUCACGGUCGGCCUUUGAGUUCGAGAUCGAGGCCUACGCAGAUACAAAGAUGGACUACCACCUCGACGCGGAGAGGGAGACGUCUAACCUUGUCUUUAUCAUCCACUCGAGCGGGUCGACUGGCCUGCCCAAGCCCAUCUACCAGACACAGCGGUCGGCUGUGGCCAACUACGCGUCCAGCAUGAACAUGAAGGCCUUUAUCACGCUGCCUCUCUACCACAAUCACGGAAUCUGCAACCUGUUCAGGGCUAUAUACUGCGGGAAGUCCAUUCAUCUGUACAAUGCCGACCUGCCAUUGACACACGACUAUCUCGUCAAGAUCAUGAAGAAGCACCGGUUUGAAAUCUUCUACGGCGUCCCAUUCGCUCUCAAGCUUCUGGCCGAGUCAGACCAAGGCAUGAACGUGCUCAGAGACCUCAAGGUUGUCAUGUAUGGCGGGUCUGCGUGUCCAGAUGAGCUUGGGAACAGGCUGGUGGAGAACGGAGUCAAUAUUGUAGGCCAUUAUGGAGCAACUGAGGUCGGUCAGCUCAUGACAUCCUUUCGCCCACCGGCCGACAAGGACUGGAACUACGUCCGUGAGAGCCCCAAGCUGACGCCCUAUCUGCGCUGGAUCCCCCGUGGCUCCGGCCUGUUUGAAUGCUGCGUUCUCGACGGCUGGCCGGCCAAGGUUGCCUCCAACCAGCCUGAUGGCUCUUACCUGACCAAGGACCUGUUCGCGGCUCACCCCUCCCUCCCCCGCGCAUGGAAGUACAUUGCUCGCCGUGACGACACGAUAUGCCUUGUCAACGGCGAGAUGUUCAAUCCCGUCACCACCGAGGGGGCUAUCCGAUCCAGCAAACACGUCACCGAAGCUGUGGUCUUUGGUAGCGGCCGACCUGCCCUCGGCGUCCUGAUCAUCCCGGCCGCUUCUCUUACCGGCAAGAGCCAGGAUGAGGUGUCGGAGAUUGUCUGGCCUGUGGUGAAAGAGGCAUGUCGAAAUGUGGAAUCGUAUGCCCGCAUAUCGAAGUCGAUGGUCAAGAUCCUCCCGGCCGGCUGCGAGUACCCCCGCACAGACAAGGGAAGCGUCGUCCGACACGCCUUCUACAAGACGUACGCGAAGGAGAUCGAGGAGGCGUAUGACGCGGAAUAUGUGGGGCGUGGGGAUGUUCGGAAGCUGACCAUGGAGGAACUAAGAGACUUCCUUCGCAAGUCGGUCACCAAGGCGCUGGCCAAGGAGGUUUCUUUUGAUGACGAGACAGAUCUCUUCUCACUCGGCCUUGACUCUCUGCAGGCCAUUCAGGUACGGAGCGACAUCCUCAGCACGGUUGACAUCGGGGGCAACCAGCUGGGACAGACGGUUGUGUUCGACAAGCCCUCCAUCAGUAGGCUGAGCUGCUACCUGCUGGCACUAUCCAGCGAUGGGAAAGCUGAAGCUACAGCUUCGGUGGAGGAAGAGAUGAGGGAACUCAUUGAAAAGUACACCUUGAAGGGUAUACAAAGGGUAAACUUCCAAUCGUCUGUUGCCGUCACCGGCGUAACCGGCUCCCUAGGAGCCCACCUUGUCUCCAAGCUGUCAUCGGACGCCAGCGUUAGCACUAUCUACUGUCUGGUCCGAGCCAAGUCCAACGCCGAAGCCUCCCGGCGGGUCAAGGCAUCCCUCAUCCAAAGGCGAGUCUACCACACGAUUUCACCGAAGGGGCGGGCAAAGAUUGUCAGUCUAUCAGCAGACCUAUCGAACGCACAACUCGGGCUUCCCGAAGAAGCUUACCAGGAACUGGUGCGCAGCCUGAAGACCGUCAUUCACUGCGCGUGGUCCGUAAACUUCAACAUGCGUCUCUCCAGCUUCGAGGACAGCAACAUUGCCGGCCUGGCAAACCUCAUAUCCCUGUGCCAGUCGAGCGACGCCAGUGCCACCUUCAACUUCUGCUCCUCGGUCAGCGCAGUGACGCAGUCGACUGUGGUGCCCGUGCCGGAGACCGUUCCAGAUGUCCGGUGGGCACAGGGUAUGGGCUACGCGCAGUCCAAGAAUGUUGCAGAGAACCUCUGCUACAGGGCAGCCGAUCGCGGAGUCACUGCUCGCGUACUCCGUCUGGGUCAGAUUGUGGCCGACACCCAACACGGGGUGUGGAACAGCACCGAGGCCAUCCCGCUCAUGCUCCAGUCUGCACUGACAAUCGGGGCACUGCCAAAGAUACGGGAGACACCUUCCUGGCUCCCAGUCGACACUGCCGCCCAGGCAGUUGCGGAGAUAUCUCUGUCGGAAGAAGCCGGCAGCACCUUUGCAAAUGUGACGAAUCCCAAACUCUUUGACUGGACCGAGGACCUCCUUCCGGCCCUCAAGGCGGCCGGCCUCAGGUUUGAAGAGGUCGAACCCAAGGAGUGGGUGCGUCGACUCCGCGCGUCGGACCCGGACCCGACCAGGAACCCGCCCAUCAAGCUCGUCGACUUCUUCGCAGCCAAAUACGACAAGGACGACUUCGUCCGCUCCAAGACGUACGUCACCGACACUGCUUGCACCCUGUCACCCGCACUCGCCGAGGCCCCUGUUCUCGACCGAGACAUGGUGAAGAGUUUUGUGACACAUUUCCGGGAGAACGCCUGGUCUGAGCCGCAGGUGAAGAAGACAAAAUCCGUCAUCUUUGCUGCCGGAGCCAAGGAGAGCACCAGGUCUGCCGUGGCGACUGGCCUGUCCCAGGAGCUGCGGGUGCCCUGCAUCGCGGCCGAUGCUCUCCACCAUAGGGAGUGCGUCGACAAUGCGGAGGCACCGAGGCCCCUGUCUGACAGCGACUUGACCCUGCGGCUGGAGCGUCUUGCGGAGAGGGCGCUGGAGGAGGUUGAAGAGUCGGGACACAACUCCGUCGUCGUGGGGGUCUCUCCUCUCGGUAAGUCGCACCGCGACUACCUUCGACGGCGUAUCGGGCAGUCGGCGAGGACCAUGUUCCUGGAUAUUCAAGGUGAUUCGACGGGAGAUAGGCCUCUCUACGAGGCGCCGGGAGUGGAUGAAUUGGAUGUGUUGCCGGUGGAUGACGGAAGCCUACUGGAGGAGGAGGCUGUUGAUGAAGCGAUGUGGAUCUUGAGACAGAGCGGGAUCGUGACGGAUGCGUAG